AUGGACUUUUGGUCUCGUCUCAUCGGCGGCUCGCGCGCGCUAUCCAAGACCUCGCGGGCCACAUCGCCCACGGAACGACUCACGGUGUUUAAACGCGCCUGCAACGCUCUCCAGCAAAUAUGGCGCUCUACCAAUACCCCCUCCGCCGAGCAGUCAACCGGGCACGCGCGUUCCUACAUUGAGCGCCUCAACUCCAUCCUCAACGACGAGUCCCGCGGACCAGCACCACACCCCUGUGUGGCCUACGCUGCUUCUUCUCAGAUGUUUGUAACGGUUACAAAGCUUGCAUUAUCAUACUACGACGAUGGGGUGUUACGGUCCGCCACUGUCUUCUUCAACACCCUCAUCGACGCCGAGGUGGACGGGGUCGUGGAUAACCGGUUAUUCGCUCGCGCGUUAGUGGACCUGGUCCGACGCGCUGAUAAGACAUCGGAAGAAAUAGAGGGAAGACUAGUCGAGCUGCUGUUUGGCAUUGCCAACAAUAUCCGCCUGCAACCCGCUAUCUUACCUGCAUGGUUUGUGCCACGGGCGACUCCUAUCGGUCUGGACGGGGAGUCGACGGCUCCGACGGAAUUUGCUGGUGCCACUCGCAAGGAUGAGUUCCCGUUGUUCUACCUGCUGGUCGACUACGUUCAUAAUGAUGGUCGCGCGGGUGACUUCGCGCGUACAGGCCUGUUAUAUCUCAUCGAGACGGCGUCGCGCUCCAAGAACCUGGAAAAGUGGUUGAUCGAGAGUGAUCUGGCCACACUGAUGGCGACCGGACUAGGUGCACUGUAUAGUCAAUUGGGGAGCUUGGAAUAUGCGUCCACCGACGUUAACGUCCCACGCAUCAUUGCGCUAUCUGACCAUGCGAAAGAGGCUACGGCUUUGCAGCCCGCACUCGGCGAAACCAUGGAUGCGUUCAUGUCUUAUCUGCUAUUUUGGCAGGACACCAUCGACCACUGCAAAUCCGCCGAGGUCAACGAUACCCUCCUGGACCAUUUCCAGGUGCUAUUCCUCGAACAACUCUUAUAUCCAUCCUUAUUGGAAUCGUCUGAUGUCGCAGGUGGUUCGACAGCGGCCGUGCUGACCUACAUGUGCCGGAUCUUGGAUUCGAUCGAUCAGGGCGAAUUAGUCCACCGGAUUCUACAUUUCCUACUCGCUUCCUCUCCGCCACCCGAGGAACAGAUGGAUAUGUCGGCAAGUCGGCGGAAGUCCCUCAAUGUUCUAGCCGCAUUAGCUUCCGAAGCCGCUCAACCGUCUCCUUCACUCUUUAAUCUACGAGACCUCGUGCUAUUGGGUCUUCAAUCCUCUAACCGCCAGACGGUUCUGGCCACUCUCCGACUGCUGAACGUUGUCCUGCAGCGACAUCACCCGUUCUCUCGGGCGUUGAUCCACACUGUACCUAGCCAACCCACACAGCAGAGGUCCGUCGGUGCAUUCAAUGCGGAGCUCGAACAGCUUCUGACUCUCGGCACAUCCAUUUUCGACGACCCAAGUUUGAACGAGUCCUUUCAAGACUAUGUUGCGGAUGCCACCUGGACACUCGAAUCCCGCCUGUGUAUUCCUGUGUCUGCUGCAGACGAGGCCGAAGAUGCGAUUCCCUUGCCGCUGCAGCUCCAGCAGGACGAUCCGAUUGUCCAGGGACUUCUCAAAUGCGUCGAGUCAUUCUUCACCAACAGCGUGAUCGUCAACCUCGCAUUGACCGGAGUCCUGAUGAGUCUGGCCUCAUCGCAUCUGUUCUCCUUGGACGGCUGGGUAUUAGUCGACCCUGCCAGCUAUGAGAUGGCUGAAGAAUCAAACGAGCUCGACCCCAUUCACCGCGCAUAUCAGAUCCCAUCAUGGCCCGCAACCGCCAAACCGACCCUGACCGCAGCCCUUGAACGACUCGUAGACCAGGUUCGCCAAUGGCAGCAGGAUCUGCCCGAUUUCAAUGUCCUGGUUGCUGCCCGACGCGAUUUGCUUCAUCUGGGGGAUCGGCCAGAAACGCCCUCCCGUUCGCAAGAGCCGUCCGAACCGGUCCCGGACCGCUCCCGCCCCUCAUUCCCCGGAUCCCCCGAUGCCUCUGCCCCUGCAUCCCGCGGCCGAUCUCCGAACCCUAUCAGUUCCCCUGCCGUGGCUUCCCUGAGAGGCGAGUCCUCGCGACCGGCUCAGUCACGGGGAUCAUCAGCCUCGCGAGCAGCGACUGCAGAGUCCCUGCGCCAACGACUAGCGACUCCAUUCCCGGCCCCCGAGGCAUCAGACGGGGAACGUGCCGAUCCCGAAAAUGCCCCGGUCACGCUAGGCCACGUGCUGACGAAUGUGGUGAUCCUAUACGAGUUUCUCCUGGAGUUAUCGGCAGUGGUGCAAGCCCGGGGGAGUCUGUUUGAGGAGGCCGGGUAUAUAUAG